GAAGCUAGUCCAAAUAAGAAGCAAAAAUUCGACAACAAUGCUACGCAAACGCCCGUUGAAAGUAAUUAAACGUGCUGUGGACUGCACUCAGUAUGUAAGAUAUUCCGCUCUGUUUAUAAAUGGUGCAAAGGCUACGGAAACUUUUACUUAUAUUAAACCACAUAUUGAUUACCCUCAACAGAUUAAAGACAGAGACUUAAUACAGCAAAAUUUAAUUAAAAGAAAUUCUAAUAUUGACUUAAAUAAAAUAGAACAUUUAUGGAGUGUUUAUGAAGAACUAAAGCAACGUAAAUUUAAUUAUGACAAAAAGAAAAGUGAAUUGGGAAAGGAAUUAGGAAAGAUAAUUAACACUGAGCCAGAAAGCGAUAUAGCUACAAAAUACAAGAUGCAAAUCAAUCUUAUCAAAGACAAUAUACGUAAAUUAAAGGAACCGUUGUGGUCAGCAGAAGAAGCUGCUAUAGUUGAAGUUUUAAAACUACCAAACACCUUACAUCCUUUAACACCUAAUAUAGAAAAUAAAGUUCUUUACACUUAUCAAACACCACCACAAAGUAAAAAAGAUCAUUUAAAAAUUGGCCACAAAUUAAACCUGUUAAAUUUUAAAAGGAAUGAUCAUUAUUAUCUUCGGGGUGAUGCUGCAAUAUUUGAACUUGGAGCAAAGUUUCAUUUCAGCAACAUAUUACGAAGAAAUAAAUUUGUACAAUUUUCUAAUCCAGACUUUGUAAAAAGUGUCAUUGUCGAAGGCUGUGGACAAGACCAUACAAACCCUGAUGUUACUUUUAUUCUACAUCAUAUUGAUGAUUCUAACGUCAAUGUUGAUAGUAGAUUACAUUUAACUGGAGGUGCAUCUUUAAGCUCUUUUCUAGCGUACCAUGCUAAAAAUGUUUUACCAUCCAAAGUUUUCCCAUUAAAAUACUUUACAAUGGGACGACAAUAUAUUCCAGCCCCGUCUGAUGAAGAUUCCUUAUUACAUGUGAGUCAAUCAUCAGUGAUACAGUUCUUUGGUGCCACGAAAACAAAUUCUGAAUUGGACGUAUUACUUCAUGAAGUCAUAGAGAUUUUAAAGUCAAUAUAUUGUGAACUUAAUUAUCAUUACAGACUGAGUAUUUUGCCAGCAAAUAAAUUGCACAUGUGGGAAUCACUAAGAGUAGUUGUUGAAAUGUUUUCUACAUCUUUGAAUAGUUAUGUGGAAGUAGCUAAUAUAUCAGUAAGUGGCGAUUUUAUUAGCAAACGAUUAUUGUUAACAUAUAUGGAAAAUAAGGAAAGCCAGUUCCCUCAUAUUAUUUCUGGAACUAUAUUGAAUGUUUCUAAGUUUUUUGGGUGCGUCUUGGAGCAAGAUGUAGGAUUCUCAGUGCCUGAACAGUUCAGAGUUGAGAAUUGGAGUGUUUAAUUUGUAAACACUGCUGUAUGAAGUAUUUAGACAGUUUUUUGUGUUUUAUCAAAUGAAAAUAGUUAUUUCAUCAAAAGUUGUUUUAUUCGUUUCACUUUUUUAGGUCCUUAUUAAUAAUUUAAUGCUAAAAUUCUACUUCCACAAUCAUAGCUGAAACUCAUAUU